UUUGCGCCUUCAUCUUGUCAUUCAGUUUUAUUGGAAAUUUGCCCGUGGUCAGUUAUCUGGGUCGAGAUCCUCCAGUGAAUUUCAUCAUGAUGACAGAGUCAGAAGUGGUCUAGAAGUCGUGCAUUCAAAUAAGAAAAGAGUCAAGUACCUCUUUCUUAACAAGAUCAUCAUUAUCCAUCGUUACUACAGAGAGUGAAACAGUUAGAACUGAGGAAAUCAGACCAGGACGUCCGUCCAAACAUGGCAUCCAAAGACAAGGUCCGGGUAAUUGCUCUCUUGGCAAUCAUGUUCUGUCAGAUAGCAAUAUCCCAACCGUUCCAAUGGCCUAAAGAUAGAGUUACCAUAAACCGCUCCAGUGAACAGGAUCAAAGCAAGAAAGCAGAUCUGAAGGUAGAUCUCAAGACCGAAUCGUCACAACAACCUCGAGAGAUAAAAGUGAUCCAGUCAGAUGAAGCUCAAGAGCGAAUUGCUGCCGGACGAAGAAGGCCUCCAGUUAUUCGACUAGCUCCUCCUCGCCUCAGGAGGAAACUGCCUCCACCCCAGGCGGAAGAAAAGCUAUUUUUCAAUGGUGCCAGAGGUCGAAGACGACCUAAACGUCCCGUCCAUGGUGGUUAUGGACCUCCUCGACCCCAAUAUGGACCACCCAAACAUCGACCUCGACCAACCUUCAAGAAAACACGGCCCAAGUUUCGAGGACGACCUCAACCUCACGGUCAUCCCAAGCCACGUUACCCUGUGAUUUCUUAUCGUCCUCGACCUCAAUACUCCGUCCCAACUUUGCCUGUAGGAUACGACGGUCCAUCGUCAUACCCAUCUCCCGCUCCAAUCCAAUCAGAUAACCACGAUACUUAUGGAUCACCACCAUCGACAACAGGAAAUAAUGUCUAUCCCUCAACAGUGGAUGAGGAUGAGUAUGGAUCGCCCAAAGGGCAACCUCAAAAUGACGAAUAUGGUUCACCUUUGGCGGAUGCUCAAGAUGGUUAUGGUUCCCCCCAAGCACCAAAACAAGAAGCCGGAACCUUUAGCGGCUAUGGAGGUGAAUUCAACCCACCAAGUUUUAGCAUUUCUGGAGGAAACUCUUUAGAAGACUACGGAUCGCCGAGCGGCCCGACCAAAACCAUCAACAAUGGAGCUCAGUCUCAACUUUAUCAGGGUUACGAGUCACCUCAAACUCCAACUCAAAGUGGGUAUUCUUCGCCAAGCACCGACCAAGAAGAUUCUUACGGCCUCCCUCAAGCUUCGCCAGCGAAAGAUUUGGAUGGAUUUCCAGUCCCAGAUUUCAAUGAAUAUGCUCCUUCAGGCGAUCCAGUGUUUGACUUUUCUAAUGACGACAGUGACGAUGUCGAGAACUAUUCAUCCCAGCCUAGGCCAUCGAGUAUAGACGAUGAAGAAGAUGGAGACAUUUCCUUCGGAUUUCCUGAGUUUCCAACUCCAAACUUCCUAAACUUUCCAUCCGAGUACACUCCCGACUUCCAUUUCGAUCUUAAAAAAGUCAAUGAACCAGAUGAGAAUGAAAACGAAGACGAAAGCACAUCACCUUCUCCGCUCACUGGCCAGUAUCAACCUCCCUCAUCUUUUCAACCCAGUUAUGAAAUUGAAAGCCAGGAAGAAAACUUUGACACAUACGAGUCGCCAAAUCCUUCAGGAGCAACCGGGCCUAACCAAUACAAUGGCCCGCCCUCUCCCAAUUCCUUUCCAUAUGGAGCAUCAGCUCAAGAAAACGAAGUAGAAGACACAUACGACAACGGUUUUGAACCAGAUUUUCAACCAUCAGGUGACGGCGAAGGGGAAGGUGGAACUCCAGCGUAUUAUCCCCCGACGACACCACAAGUUCCUGAGCCCUCGUUUGCUUACGAAAAACCGUCAGUGAAACCGGACUCUUCCAGUUAUUACAAACCCCCAGUCACUUCCAGCCCAGACAAAAACCAACCGUCAUCUUACCAAUCUCCACCAUCCGAAGAGAUUUACUCUCCGCCAAUGUACUCAAGCCGUCAACCUUCAAUCAUCCAAGAAGAGGAGCGUCAAGUCGACUUUCAGUCAUAUGAUGCUCCUCCUUCAAAGGACUUUCCUUCAGAGGAAUUCCCGUCAGAGGAAUCAGGCGAAUUCUAUACUCCAGAUUCUAAUGAAGAAAAGGAACCAACAGUCACUUACACAAAGCCCUUUUCAGGUGCCCAACACACUCAAUAUUCCCCACCCAAAGCCACAUCCUCGUCAUCGAAGCCAUCGCAACCUUUUCCCACCUCGUACGUUAAUGUGGAGGAUGUGAAUUCCUCCCCUUACCAGCCACACGCUUCUCAAGGCCCUCCUCAGAAUGGACAAUACACCCCAUACGAAGAAGAGGAUGAAGAGGAGGAGUAUCCAAAUCAGCCCUCUGGCGGGGACUCAGUCUAUUACAAACCCUCUUCGUCUCCACAGACGAGCCUCUACGAGCAAUCCAAUCAAAAUGCACCAAAGCCCAGUCCUACGCCAUCAGAAGUGUAUUAUAAACCCAUAGAAGGCACAGAAAAUGAGGAGCCUUCCAAUUCGAAUAACUUCUACGACAAUGGAGGUGACGAUGUUGACGAAGAAGUCUCUUUCAACCAAUAUCAGAGACCUUCAAGCCCGACAAAGAGUCCAACACGAGAAUCAUUGUUUGGUGGUGGAUUCUUUGACUUCAAGUUCCCGUCUUAUGACAAAGAAAUCAACGAUGUGAGCUUUUCGUACGAGGAUAGGGAACAGGUUGAAUCUAGUUCAACCGAAAACCCACGUUAUAAGUUUGCACCCAUUCCUACCGAAGAUGAAGAAGAUCAGAGCAGUGACGAUUUUGAAUUCUAUAGCAGUGGAAACGCUCGACCUUCAAAUCCAUCAGAAGGUCCCGCCAAAGAUUUUGGGAAAUACAAAAAGAUCCCAAGUUUUGCACCUCCAAAUGACAAAUUUCUCUACAAAACCCCUAAGCGGCCCCAAUCAAGUCAACCUAGUUAUUCGGAACCGUUUUCUGGACAACCUUCGACGGGCAGUCCACCAAGUCCAUCUGGAAACUUUGACGCCUAUGGAAGUCCCCGAGCGCCCCAAAGAUAUCCACAAGCCGAAGACGACCAAGAUGAGCCAGAAAUCUAUACUCAAUCUUUCAACGAGGAGGAAAAUGAAGCCCCGUCGCAACACAAUUCUUAUGGAAGCCCAAAAGCGCCUUCAGUGGAACCAAACGAUCACAAUAACUUCAAACAAUUUUCCCCUCCCUCGAAUGGCGGAGGUCGUGAGAAGUACGUGAGGCAAUUCAAUUCAUUCCCGACCGAAGCACCUCCAACAAAAGAUCGAAAUCAAUUUUUCAAAUCAAGACAACCAUCGAAACCAAGCCAACUUGAUUCAUAUGGAGGCCCCGAAGGUCCAGUUUCCGAAGAAGUUGACGUACCAUUCACACCUUCUCAAUAUCCAGCACCUUCUUCGCCAAGUUUCCCAACCUCAGCAAUUGAGCAAGAAGACUCGUACGAUAGCCCAAGAGCCCCUCCCACUUAUCCCAAAUUUCAAGAGUCGACUAAUUCGGAUAUCCCCAAUCAGGAGGUAGUUUUCAAAUAUCAACCCGAAGGACCCGAAGUUCCACCAUUAUAUUCUCCAGAGGAAAUUUCUGAGGAUCAAUUUGAUCAGCAAUUCAAUCCUGAGGACCUGAAGAACUUUGAGCCUUACUCCGAACAGAGCAACGAAUUCGGAGAGAACGAAUUUAGCGAAAGUGACUUUGGAGAGGACGAGUUCAAUCAAUAUUCCCCACCCCGAGAAAACAAUGAUGAAGAGCCAUCAGGAGCAUUCCCACCAGGACCCUCCGGCGCAAUCAAAGUAAUCGAGUACGAUCCUUAUUCAGAGCCAGAUGAUUUCCCUUCACGAUUUGAAAACACUGAGAGGCCCCCAAAACAGUCUUCCAGAAACCGGCAACGCUAUCAAACCAGUGAUAUUUCUUCGUCGCAAGGUCCUCUGAGGACAACCAAGGCCCGUCAAAGAACCAAGUUGAUCAAGGAUGCCAGCCCUACUCCAGUGUAUAAAUCACGUCAAGUUUCCAACUACAGGUCCCGUCAAAAGAACCCAACACAAUCAUCCGACACUUUUGAGAUUCACGAAGCCCGCCCGAGUCCAACUCCAAACCGACCUUUGAGCACUAGACCCACCUAUAACCAGCAGACACAGAGCAACGUCAAUUUCGAACCUUCAGGCAGCUCGAACGAUGACGAAACACUACCCGAGCAACCAUUUCAACCCGAGCUUGAUGGGAAUACUUACUAUAAAGACAUUCCCACCAGUGCCCCGCCAUCGAGAAAUCCUGUUUACCAAUCCAAAUAUCAAACUUUACCAGUAGACGAUCAAUCUGGUACUAGAGGAGAAAGAAUCCGACCUGAAUACUCCGAUCAAAAUCAAGCAUGGCCUUCUUCUUUGAACUCUGAAAAUGAGUACUUCGAAACCGAAGACUCGGAAUUUGACUUCCCUACAGGACCUAAUGACGAGGAAACCCUAUACAAAGAGUCUAAAUCUGAACCUGAGGAAAUAAAACCGUCAAGAACACCCUACAGACCUAGCCCAGAAACCCCAAAGAGCACGGGAGCAUCUCAAGAUGUCAGUUAUCCACGUGGAAGGACUACUCAAGCCCCAGAUUUGCCUAGUUAUCCGGCCGUGCCUGACCAGUACUCGACUUUCAAUCCAUCACCUAGCCCAGAAACCCCAAAGAGCACGGGAGCAUCUCAAGAUGUCAGUUAUCCACGUGGAAGGACUACUCAAGCCCCAGAUUUGCCUAGUUAUCCGGCCGUGCCUGACCAGUACUCGACUUUCAAUCCAUCGCCGACGGAUGAAAAUCAAUCCAACCCAAAAGAAGAGGAACCGACACGAACAUACAAACAAGCUAACCCGAGAGUGGGUGAAAACUUCUCUGAUGACGACUUCAUGCCUUCAGAAAUAAGGGCCACUCCCUCUAGAAGACCUCGCCGUCCCCUGAGGCCAAGCAGAAGAUCAGACACGCCCAAAGAAGAAGAUGAAAAGGAGUCGGAUAGAGAAGACAUGGAAUCGGACGGAGAAGAUGCGAAAGAGUUGAAAUCCAUCGGUUUUGGGCCCAGUACCUUCCACUUCGGAAUGGAGACUCCAGACAUUUGGGAAAUGUUCAAUAGCGAAUGGGGUCAAAAGGUCAAGAGCGACAACUGA